UCAGGUAGACAUUCUUUACAUUUCAUACACCUGAGCCGCCAUUACUGCCCUACAACGGCUGAAUCGGGGGGCAAGUAUAAUUGAUAUAACAACCCCCUGGCUUCAAAAUGGACAUUUUACUCCAAGUUUCUAUAUUAUUAGCCAUUCUUGGACUGGGUGAGGCAAUCCAAUGUUACCAGUGUGAUAGCAAUGAAGAUGGCUCUUGUCCGUCUGACCAGUACUUCGACCCAACCAUCAACGCUUUAGUGGACUGUGGAAGUUUUGAAGCUAAUGUGCCGGGGUCUUUUUGUAUGAAAGUUGUACAAGAAAGCCCAGGGUGGCACUCCUGGACAAAGAUUACGCGAAGAUGUGGAUCUAGAUCUGAAGUUGGUGUUGCUUCGGGAUGUCGAUGGUCGUACCAUGAUAACGGCAUAUUUCAAGAAAUCUGUUACUGUAACGACCGGAACGGCUGUAACGGCUCCAGCAGACUGUCACUGAAUAGUGUUGUUUUAUUGUUUUCAAUCAUAUUGGUGAUUUUGAUACACAAGAAAUUAUAACAUCAUGCUCCAGUGCCAAGUAUGAGUUAAGGUUCUCUCUGUUUUUGUAUCGUGACAAAGGAUCGCCAGAUUGCACGCAGAAAACGUUUUUCAUGACGAUGUUUAUCAAAUGACUUACAGUGGUCGUUCUGGUCACGUAGAUACUUAUAUCUCAUCAAAUUAAUCCAAGAGGCUUUAUAGAAACUUUGAGUACAAUUAACAAAAAUGCAAUAAAAAGAAAAAAGCUUAAAGAACGAGAAGAGGAGACUUCAAACGGACCGAUUAUCAGUGGAUAUCGGAUAGAUAUAUGCAACUUCUAUACCCACAUUCGUUGUAAAUAAUUGUAAAUAUUUCAUUUGCUACUUUUUAUAUUGGACUCUCUGUCAGCUUUUAGAUAAACGAAGUACAUAGUUUAUAUUCCAUCCAACUAUGGGAAUAUGGUUUUCGUUUUCAAAUGUAAUUAGUUUACACACUUGUAGUAUUGGUUUGUAAGUAGGCCUAUAGUUGUAUAAAACUCCAUAUGCUUUUCUGAAACCAUGGACAACGAAGGUACAUAAAUAAAAUUUCAUUGCAAAUAUGUUCCAUUUGAAAA